UAUACCACAGAAAAAUAAAAAGAAGAAGAAAAAAGAAGAAGAAGAUGAAGAAGAUGAAGAAAACAAAGAUGGCAAUUCAGGAAACUGUUAGCGGACGUUAGAGAAAUUGUCACCUGGAACUCGAUGAGUUGAGCGGCACAAAAACCUUUAUUUUGAUAAACGUCCCCUUCGAUUUAUUAACACCUGAUUUUAAUAACCAGAAACGAAACAAAAUGCCUUCUCCUAAAACCAAAAACAGUGCAAAUCGCAGCGCAGGUGGAAGCGCAGGUCUCAGUGGCAGCACCAACGGCAACGGACGCUACGAGUUCAUGUCGCUGAACCGAACCCCUCCACCCACUCUCCUCCAACGGCAGGGUUCCGACCCAACCGCUGCAGCCAGACUGCGGGCAUCUGAGAGCCCUACCCGGCGAAGGGGCUCCGGGUCCUCCACCUCCUCCAACACAGGCAUGCCCGAAGAGGAUUGUAUGCGGCUCAACCCUUCAUUUAUCGGGAUAGCCCUCAGCUCCCUCCUCGCCAUAGACCUGUGGCUUUCCAAGCGGCUGGGGGUGUGUGCCUGUGAAGACUCCUCCUGGGGCAGCAUUAGACCAUUGAUGAAACUGAUAGAGAUUUCUGGACAUGGAAUACCAUGGCUGGUCGGGACAGCCUACGGCCUGUACAAGGCUGACAGUGCAGCAGGACAGGAGGUUAUGCUAAACCUCUUCAUGGCUCUCAUUAUAGACCUGAUCCUGGUUGGCAUCGUGAAAGCUGUCGUCCGUCGGCGCCGCCCGUCCCACAACCGCAUGGACAUGUUCGCCACCUUCUCCGUGGACCGCUUCUCCUUCCCCUCGGGGCACGCCACCCGCGCAGCCAUGUGUGCCCGUUUCCUGCUGGCCCACCUGGUCCUGGCCGCACCCCUCAGGGUGCUGGUGUUCUUGUGGUCUGGUCUGGUGGGGCUGAGCCGGGUGCUGCUGGGCAGACACAACGUGACCGACGUGCUGUUUGGCUUCCUAAUGGGUUACUGGCAGUACAACCUGGUGGAAAUGCUCUGGGUGUCAUCACUGGGCCUUCAGGGGCUGCUGGGACUCAUCCAGGGGUGAGGAUGAGGAGGAGGAGGAGUGGAGAUUGAGGAGGGUUAAAGAGGGUGUGGUUGGUGGGAGACCCUGUCUCAAUAUGUUUGAAACAUUGACUGAUCCUGCCCCAUACUGACACUGUGGUAACUCAUCAUAUCAAGACUAACAACGGCAACAACAAUGGCUGCCACCCACUAAUCAUCCAUCCACAUGGAACUGCAAUCAGAAGCACCUACAGUAGGAGCAGGAUGCUCCUCUACACUGCAUCACAGCACUGCUGCAAAGACCUGGAACACUUUCCACUCUACUUUAAUUCGCUGUUGAAAAAAAAAAGUGUGUGGAAUAUUAAUGUUGUGUAAUAAGCCGGGGGGGUAGUGUUACCCCCAAUACAGUCUUCUGUUCUUCUUCCAGCUUUGGAGGUUUGGGGUUCUGCAGUGAUAUGAGAGAGAGAGAGAGAGACGUGUUCUUUUAGAGGGGAAAAUGACAGCAAUAGAUUAAAACUUAAAUUGAUUAUGGUGUCUGCGGGUCGCUCUGAAAAGAGCAUAUUUUAUGGAGGAUUAAUUUUGUAUUGACUUGUUUUAAAAUGUUACGGUAUGUAAGGCUGAAAAUUGAAUGGUUUGUCUUUUUUUAUUUCCCACUGUGAAAUAUACACUGAACAAAAAUAUAAACUCAACAAUUUCAGUGAUUUUACUGAGUUACAGUUCAUAUAAGGAAGUUAGUCAAUUGAAAUAAAGUCAUUAGGCCCUAAUCUAUGGAUUUCACAUGACUAGGCAGGGGCGCAGCCAUGGGUGGGCCUGGGUGGGCCUGGGUGGGCAUAUGCCAGGGUUCCUUAACUGGCGGCAGGCGGAGACAUUUUAUCCGCGGGUGGUUUUAUUUGUCCGCCUAAGUGUUCUGAGUAAAACAUUUUUGAAUUUACAUUGUUGGAUAUAAAAGACUGUAAAAUAAAAAGGAAAUCAGCCCCAA